AUGGGUGAUGGGAAAAUAUGGAUUCAAAAAAUUGAUAGGGAAGAUCAACUACAUAUUUGCCCCAAAUGUUUCUCUAUUGACCAUGAUGGGCUUGAGUGUGAUGUAUCGACUACAAUUCUAAAAAAUGAAGCCUAUAUGCAGCACCCUAAUAUGGAUGAAUUACAAACAGAAUCACCAGAGGUAAUUGUUCCAGCUCCUGAGAAGGUUGAGUCUCGAGAUACCAAGCAAGAUGAGCCCAACAUCCCACUUAUCGAGGCUAUCCCUAUUGAUAUUGAAUCCCAAAUUGCUGCUUUGACAAGAUCAAAUAGAAUGGAAGGUCAAUUGGCAAUUAAGGACAAGAUCAAAUCCUCACAAGAAAACUCCAUUGUAGAUCCUCAGAACAAAGAUGAGGAGAUAACUGUCUUGGGAGAGGGAGAAAUUGACUCCUCUGCCUCAGAAUGGGAAGAGGAUUUUAGCCCAGAGGCAUCAAUAAUCAUGGAUUCGACUGUGAAAGGCCUUGAGAAGACUACCUCCAGCAUGAAAGAACCAAAUAUUAAAACCAAAGGCAAAAGGGGAAGGAAAUCAAGGAAGACUUUGCUGAAAAUUGCAGUCAUUGGUGAAAAUAGAGAUUUGUGGAAUCUGCUAUUUGACAAACUUCAAUCUACUAAUGUUGAAAAUUGCAAAUUGGCCAGAGAUUUUAAUGCUAUUCUAGUUGAGUCAGAGAAGAAGGGUGGCAUACAGAGAUUGGGCACCUCUCAGAAAGACUUUCAAAACAGAAUUUUAGAAAUAACAAGAACAGAUGGAAGCACUGCCAAUAAUUCGAAAGAGAUAGCCCAGGAAGCAUUAGAGUAUUUUGAAAACCUCAUGAAUGGGGUUGCUCAAACUGAUCAAGAAGUUAGAGAUAGAAUUCUAAACUCAAUUCCUCCUUUGAUUAAUGAGAAUCAAAACAAAGCGCUGUUUAGAGAAAUCAUUGUGGAGGAAGUCAAAAAAGCAACCUUUCAGCUAAAUCCAGAUAAGACCCUAGGCCCAGAUGGCUUCUCUGCGGCUUUUUCUCAAAAAUUUGGGGAUAUCAUUGAGCAGGAUCUGUUCAGAGCAGUAGAGGAAUCUCGGAGAAAGAUGACCAUGCUUGGAGAAAUUAACCAUACUUUUCUUGCUCUGAUCCCAAAAAAGAAGAACCCUGAAAUAAUGAGCGAUUUCAGGCCUAUCUCGCUCUAUAACACAGUCUACAAAAUUGUGACAAAAGUAAUUGCCAAUAGACCGAAACUAUUCCUCAAUCAUGUUAUCUCUGAUGAGCAAAGUGGUUUUGCGUCGGGGAGAUCGGUUGUUGAAGGAAUAAUUAUUGCCCAUGAAACCUUACACACAGCAAGGAAAACUAAGAACUCCUGCAUGAUACUCAAACUAGAUAUUUUAAAGGCAUAUGACAUGGUGGAUAGAAAAUUCUUAACAGAUGUUUUAAGAAAAUUUGGCUUUUGUAAAGAAUGGAUUGCCUAG